AUGCCGCCCCCCAGGAUACUCCUCUUCAGCCUCGGAAACCCGUCGCCGUACCUGAACACCCUCCACUCGGCCGGCCACCACGCCCUCGCCGCCCUGAUCCCCCUGCUGCCCUCCCAGCCGGCCCUCGCCAAGACCCGCCACGCCGCCAAAGCACCCCUCGCCUCCCUGUCCCCCGCCUACGCCCUCCUGCAGUCCCCGUCCCUCAUGAACGUGUCCGGCAAGUACGCCGCCGCCGCCUACCGCGCCUUCGAGGACCCGACGCUGUCCCUGCUCGUCGUGCACGACGACCUGGAAGAGGACCUCGGCGUCGUGCGCAUCAGGAAGUGGAACAGCUCGCACAGGGGCCACAACGGCGUCAAGAGCGUCGGCAAGCUGCUGCGGCCGGCCGACUUUCCCGCCGCGCGGUUCGCGCGCAUCAGCGUCGGCAUUGGGCGGCCCGAGGCCAGGGAGAGGGAGGCCGUGUCGGAGUACGUCCUCAGGGAGAUGACGGGCGUCGAGAGGAGCGUGUUGGCCGCGAAGGCGGGCGAGGGAGUGCUGCGCUGCUUGCGGGAAUGGGAGGCGCAGUUUGGGGAGCGGGACCCGUGA